UGAAAGCAAAGAGUAAGGUUACUGUAACUUCCGUCAUAGAGCUUCAGUAUGCUGAUGACAACGUAGUGUGUGCACGCUCAGAGGGUGACCUUCAAACCAUCCUAAAUAUCUUCGCAGAAGCUUACGAAAAGCUUGGCCUGUCGCUCAACAUCCAAAAAAACCAACAUCCAAAGUGCUGCACCAACAAGUGCAAAAUAACCCCUCUGUAGCGCCACAAAUCCAACUCAAUGGUGUAACGUUGGAAAAUGUCGAUCACUUCUCCUACCUAGGCAGUUAUCUUUACACAAGGGUCAACACUGAUACCGAAAUUCAGCAUUGCCUGAGCUCUGCAAGUGCGGCUUUCUCCUGAUUGAAGUGCAGAGUGUUUGAGGACCAGGACAUUCACAGGGAAACCAAAAUGCUUGUUUACAAAGCUAUUGUACUACCAACCUUAAUGUAUGCUUGUGAAACAUGGACCACUUACAGAUACCAUCUCCAACUUCUCAAAAGAUUGCAUCAACAGUGUCUCUGAAAAAUCUUACACAUCACUUGGGAAGACAGGCGAACUAAUAACAGUGUACUGGAAGAAGCAAAGUGUUGAAGCAAUGAUUCUUCAACAUCUACUUUGGUGGACUGGUCAUGUUGUGUGGAUGCCUUAUGAUCGUCUUCCAAAACAACAACUCUAUUCUGAACUUAAAAAUGGAAAGCGUAAUGCUGGUGGUCAACAAAAGAGGUUUAAAGACUGUCUCAAGGCAAAUCUAAAAAAAUGUAGUAUAAACACCAACAACUGGGAAACACUGGCCUGUGAGCGCUCCAGUUGGAGAACAGCCUUUACCAAAGGUGUAAUGGACUUUGAAGACACUUGAACUCAGAAUGCAAGGGAGAAACAUGCUAAGAGGAAGGCAUGCUUGGCAAAUCCACACCAUGAUCAACUCCCGCCCGGGAACCAAUGUCCCCACUGUGGAAGGACAUGUGGGUCCAGAAUUGGCCUCCACAGUCACAGACUCAUUGUUAAAACCGUGUUUAUGGAAGACAAUCUUACUGGCUACGGGUGAUCGCCGGAAGAAGAAGAAGAAGAAGAAGAAGAAGAAGAAGAAGAAGAAGAAGAAGAAGAAGAAGAAAAAGAAGAAGAAGAAGAAGAAAAAGAAGACUUGUGCAGUUGUUUCUAGGAAUAAAAUAAGUGUUCUGGUGGGUCAGACCCUCAAUCUGUAUACUCCAGCAUCCUAUAUAUCUCACGGCAGUCAACCAGAUUCCCAAAGGAAGCCCAAAAGCAGAAGAAGGCAAUGAACCUAUUACGUUGCUGCUCUCACAAGCUGAUAUUCCAUAGUGUAGCAUGCCGCUUCUAGACCUAGAGGUUACAUACAACCAUGGCUAGAUAUAGUCAUUGCAGAUAUAUAUUUUUUGGUUAGGAAGGAAAUACGAAACUGGUUUUAUGCCACGUUUUCUCAGCUGACCUAGAGAUGCUGGAAAUUGAACCUGGGACCUUCUGCAUGCAACACAGAGUAUAAAAGGCAACUGAACGUGUUGGCUCUCCAGCACUGUUCUAUAUGUGUACAAAUGUACACAUAUAUAUGCAUAAUACAAUUGGUAUGCUGCACAAUAUUUUGCAGAAGUAAAAUAAAAACAGGGUCCAGCCCUAAAGAGCUUUUCAUCAAAAUAGAUCUGCUAAUGGAUGAAACCUGAGGAAGAAGGGGUGCUGCUUUUAAAGUGCUGCUUUUAACCCAUGGAUUAUAAAGCCUUAAAUUGCUUGAGACCAGAUUACCUGGAAGAUUGCCUACUUUUUCCUACUGUUUGCCUGCUGAAUCUUAAGGUCCUCUUCAGAGGCCUUUCAUCACCCUGAAAAUGCUUCCCUGACCAUUGACCCUGCUGGCUGGGGCUGAUGGAAGCUGAACCCAGGCAACAUCUGAACAGUCACAGAUUCCCCAUGCAGAAUUGUUUAUUUGUUUGUUUGUUUGUUUGUUUGUUUGUUUGUUUGUUUGUUUAUACUCCCCCCAUCCGCCUGGGUCUCCCCAGCCACUCUGGGCGGCUCCCAACAGAUUAAAAACAGAAUAAAACAUCAAACAUUAGAAACUUCCCUAAACAGGGCUGCCUUCAGAUGGCUUCUAAAAGUCAGAUAGUUAUUUAUUUCCUUGACAUCUGAUGGGAGGACAUUCCACAGGGCGGGCGCCACCAGCAAGAAGGCCUUCUGCCUGGUUCCCUGUAACCUCACAUCUCACAGUGAGGGAACUGCCAGAAGGCCCUCAGAGCUGGACCUCAGUUUUCAAGCUGAAUGGUGGGGGUGGAGAUGCUCCUUCAGGUAUACUGGGCCAAGGCUGCUUAGGGCUUUAAACAUCAGCACCAACAUUUUGAAUAGUGUGUGGAAACGUACUCCUCCCCGCUGCAAGGAAGGAGCUUCCAAAGCAGCACCCAAAAGUUUGAAUUCUCCACUUACUAGCUGCAUAGGAUUUAAUUUUGUGGGGUGCUGCUAUCUCAUAAGAUUUAGUAAGGUAAGCAGCAACCCAUAUUCAAAAAUAUCAGAUAAAUGUCUUCUUCCCUCCCCUUAGCUUCCCCCUUGAAAAGUUUCAUUUACCCCACCCCCAAAUGGUCCAAAGGGAGGACUUAUGCUUAACUUUAGAGUGCUGAGAGAGGCCAAUGACUUUUCAAAUUAUUCCUGAAACCUGUGCUUUAAGCAAUUUUUUGCAGCUGAGACACUUGGACCUACACUGUAACCCAAAUCCAGAAGUAUCAUUUUAGGGUGACAUAAGAUCUGCAUGCCAUAAGCAUCGUUAUUAGUUAAAGUUACAAGGUCUGUCCCCAAAUAACCAUGGCAGCUUUGAAAUUUAGUCAGAUGACUGUAUUUCUUAAACCUACUUAUUAUGAGGGAAAUCAGGUGGAUCACAAAUAUCCAUCAUAGCUGAAGCAGGAAUAGUCUGUUGAAGGCACAUUUUGGGGGAAAUGAUCUUGUCUCCGAGAGCCAGUAUGCUAAGUAGUAACCACUUUCACCAAAUGCAAAUAGGGUGUUGUGUUUAAUUAAACCAACUGACAAGCUUUGGAGUUUUCGGCCCUAGGAGUAACAGAUUGGCACCUUCUUCCAAGACAACCUUCUAAAACAAGGCAGCUGAGAGUUGCUGAAGAAUGGCUCCUUUCCCAAGUUAUUUGAUAGUGCUGGAAGGCCAAGAUCAGAUGGAAGGAGCCCACAAUUGUCAUGACCUUUUCCUGCACCAGCAUCACCUCUCCUGGGGUCUGAAGCAACAUGGCACAGGCAAGAACUGAAAUACAAAACAGGCACUUCAAGCAUGAAGACUUCCAGUAGUGGAUGGCAUAGUGGAGUGGCUGCGUUCACCUGACCUCCUGAGUUACUGGUGCUUACUGGCAAGCUGUAUGAAGGUUAGUGCAGUGCAAACACAAUGGCAGGAGUGUCAGGUUGGCUGUGGCCCAAACAUGCUAGCAAUAAGUUAAACAAUUCUGUUUAUAGUUCAGAUGUUUAAAGCCCACCACCUUCAAUGGGUUCAUAAGCACCGUCUUAUGCAAGGAUUGAAAAAAGGAUCCUUUGUCUUCCUGCAUAGUGAGCUCACAGCUAGAACGUUCAGUGUGUUCUGUUUACUCGAAUUGAACGUUGUCUCCAUGGGAAAGAGAACAAUCAGCUGAAACCAAGUACAUUCUUAGAAAUAAUAACUUGGAAGAGGUGAGCAGAAGUGAAUUGGGGGCAAUGGAAGGUGGGGGAUAUAGGGAAGAAGUGCAUUUUUUUGACUUGCUUAGUGCAAAGCAGCAUUCUCCAACCCGAUGCUUUCCAUUUUUACCCUCAUUUAUUUUUGAUCCAGCCCAAUUUAUUCCUUAGUCUAGGUUCCAAUAGCAUUGGGGAACGAUCAGGUUUCUACGGUAGGGGGAGUAUGUGUUCUGUUGCCUAUGUUAAGUCUUCUGUGUGCUUUCUUUCAGAUCAUGAGACCCCCAAAUAAGGAAUGUAAGCCAAGAACUGGCCUUAGACCCUCAAGUGGGGGUUCUUUAGGUAGGAGAAUGCCAACAGAUACAGCUAAAAACUCAAAAUGUGCCAUGUGCUUGGAAAGAAUCCGAGACCCAACUUACUUGAACCCUUGCAAUCACAGGUUCUGCUUUGACUGUAUCCAGAAGUGGUCAAGGAGGAAAGCGAUAUGCCCACUGUGCAAGGAGCAUUUCUAUUCUUUCUUCCACACUGUAAACACCAGAGGUGCAUUGUGUGAAUAUGUUCUGCCUUUGAAGGGCACCUCCCUUUCUGGUUGUGGGGAAGGUCACACAUCAGCUUCCACCCAAAGACCUGCAUCGCCCCCCGACAAUGGCAUAUUGGAUGAGGAAGUUAAAGGAACACAGUCUCAGAGAGAGAAGGAUCUUUACCAGCUCAUGAAACAGUUCACAGUCACAAAGAAAGACGCUAAUAUAGAAGUCAUCAGCCUUGGGAAAUUUAAAACCCAAGCUGUAAUUCAUUUCAGGAAAGCUCUAUACCGUGCUGGCAUCCAGGUCCAAACCACUAAAAAUCCAGAGUUCAACCGAACUCCUUCAGCAGAAUUAUUCAGAAGAAACCCAAGGUGCUUUGACAGAUUGAUUCCAUGGCUGAAACGAGAAUUAAAAGUCUUGUGUGGCAAUCAGAGGCCACUGAUUCAUACCUUACUGAACUUUAUCCUCAACAACAUGACUCAGCAUGAUCUGCAGAGCAAGGACUUUGAGGACCUGCUACGGCCUCACUUGCGUCAAUUCACAGUCCACUUCCUGCAUGAGUUCAUCAGUUUUGUGCAGUCCCCCUUCAACUUGAAGAAGUACGACUGGAAUGCCUCAUAUGCCUGUCCUGCUUUCACGCAGGAAGAUUCUAACUCUUCCGUCUCUUCCGCAUCUUCAGAUGUUGAGCAUGAUAAUGAAGAGGCACCCAAAACUGAUGGUGAAGUAGAGGACAGGAACAUAGGAUGCUUGCACUCUACUUCACAGAAAGAUCUAACUGAUGCGUUUGCUGGAACAGACGGAAUAUCCCAAACGAAUGAUGAAGGAAAUGAUUUGGAGGACUUGUCCAACAGUGAUACCGAAAAAGGGAGACGGACACCAGACAGCUUUAUGAAGAUCAAGAUCGGUAAAAAAACACAACCAGUUGGAUCAUUAUCUCACCCCCAGUCUCAUCAAUGCAAAGAGGAAGAUGAGGGUAUAGGGGAACUGCGUCCUGUCCACACCCAAAACUCAAAGCACACUGAAGUCUCUAAGAAUUCUCCAAAUGGAUCUGGAGAUUACAAUGCAUUUAGCUUUAAUGAUGAUGAUGUUGUUAGCCUGGUGGCUGUGCACAACUCUGCAAAGGAAGAAGCAACCAAAUGGAAAGAUCUGGAUUUCCCCAUAGGUCACUCAAAAAGCUCAUCUUCAGAGAGGCAUGCAACAUUGUCUCCAGGCCGAAAGGGUAUCUUUAAAAAGUGCACUUUGAGGGAUAUGGAAUACAAUUUUGAAGAAGGCUAUUCUUCCCCCAAGGAAAAACAUGGAGGAAGAGGAAGAGCAAGGCAUCCACAUGAAGGAAGGCACCAUUCAAACUAUUCCAGGGACAAGAGGCUUAGAAGAGAGCCCAGAAAGUCCAAAUCAAGAGAUAUGAGCUUACUAUUAAGGAGCAGCCUGCCAUUAAGAAGCGAGGGCUUUGUGGCUAGAGACAUAAGCAAAUCCAAGUCUCAGAGUUCAACUCACUUUAGAAAACAAAGGAGCAAAGACUAUGAUUAUUUGAGAAACAGGGUCCCCAGUGAGCCAGGCUGGAGAUACCUUUACUAUAGACAAGACUGUGAGAGAUACAGGUACGAUGACCCAUUGUAUUGCAAGGGUGUGCCAGCCAGAGUAUACAGUCAAACCUUCCUGCCGAGCUCCAGAGAGAGAUCAUAUUUUCCUCCAGAAUGCAGAAUCUCUCAAGAAAGUUUCACUAAAGGCUGGUAUGAUUGUUCAGAGAGAUGCAGGAGCGCAGGAAGACCCAGAGGCAGGUUUGCUGUAGUAGGGCAGGAGAGAGGGCCCUACGAUAAACUUGGCGGCAAAAGGAGGCACAAAUUGCAUCACGUGGAGUCUUCCCAUUCAAGGGGAGGGCCAAAGUAUUUCCCAAAGGAUCUGAAUAGCUAAAGGCAUCUUUGCAGAUCUCAGGGCAACACCAAUAGCCCAAAAGAAAGCUUUAAAGGGAAGGCUGUAGAAGUAACAGCUGAACAUUAACAAGGACAAAUACAUAAAAUAGUGGGAGGCAACAGCCUCAUUAAAAGAGAGGCAGAAAAGAGAAGCCUAAACGGAAAACAAUGUGUUGUUAUUCUCCAAGUGUGAAUCUUGCCUUAUUGGAACAAAAUAAAUGUCUCAUAUAUAUGUU